CAUUCAGGUCAGAGACCGAGCAGCCUCUGCGGGGACUUCUCAAAGCGGCGCGAGGAAAAGUUUGGACAAGCGGACCUGCGGGCAGCUUCCAUUGACAGCAGCAGCUCAGCGUUCACUUCCAGGCUGUGUGGACGGUUAGCUUCGCUUUCUCUGCGGGUGAGAGGCUGUACGAUCCUCGGCAGUGUUCUGAGACUGUACGGCCCCCUGCCACCCCCUUCCAGCCUGGACGGUCUCCUUCAUGGACUCAGCUGAACGGUUCUGAGGUUCACCAUCCAGAAGGCUCCUUCAGACCUGCGCUCUUUAGUUUCUGACCGUCACUUUUAAAACUUUUCUCAAGUUGGACUUAACUAAGACUGUCUGAGAGUUCCAACUCAUCCGAAAGAAUGACGGCGGAGAAAGAGAAGAAGAGGAACAGCUCGGACCGGCGUAAGGAGAAGUCCCGGGAUGCGGCGCGCUGCAGGCGAAGCAAAGAGACGGAGGUCUUCUACGAGCUGGCUCACCAGUUGCCUUUACCCCACAGCGUCAGCGCUCACCUGGACAAAGCCUCCAUCAUGAGGCUGACCAUCAGUUUCCUGCGCACACGCAAGCUGCUCAACACAAGCUGCAGCAGCAGUGGCGACAGCACCGAGAACGGACACAUGGACAAUAUGUACCUAAAGUCUCUGGAGGGCUUCAUCACCGUGGUAACGUCAGACGGCGACAUGAUCUUCCUGUCAGAGAACAUCAACAAAUUCAUGGGGCUCACGCAGGUGGAGCUCACUGGCCACAGCAUCUUUGACUUCACCCACCCGUGUGACCACGAGGAGAUCAGAGAAAACCUCAGCCUGAAGACAGCAGGGAGCGGCUUUGGUAAAAAAAGCAAAGAUCUGAGCACAGAGCGAGACUUCUUCAUGAGGAUGAAAUGCACGGUGACAAACAGAGGACGCACCGUCAACCUCAAGUCAGCCAGCUGGAAGGUGCUGCACUGCACCGGCCACCUGAAGAUGUACGAUGGCUGUCCUUCACGGGUGCUCUGCGGGUACAAGGAGCCUCCGCUCACCUGCGCUGUCCUGAUGUGCGAACCGAUCCCCCACCCGUCCAACAUCGACACGCCGCUGGACAGCAAGACCUUCCUCAGCAGACACAGCAUGGACAUGAAGUUCACCUACUGCGACGACAAAGUGACAGAGUUGAUGGGUUACGCUCCGGAGGAUCUGCUGGGUCGUUCGGUCUACGACUUCUAUCACGCCCUGGACUCGGACAGCGUCACCAAGAGCCACCACAACCUAUGUACCAAAGGCCAGGCUGUGAGUGGACAGUAUCGCAUGCUGGCUAAGAGCGGGGGCUACGUGUGGGUGGAGACCCAGGGAACUGUUAUUUACAACAGCCGCAACUCUCAGCCGCAGUGCAUCGUCUGCAUUAACUACGUCCUCAGCGACGUGGAGAACAAGGCUAUGGUUUUGUCCUUGGAGCAGACAGAGUCCAUGUUCAAGCCGCGACACAUGGGCAGCUUCUUUACCGCCGGAGGAGUAGGCAUGAGCGGCGAGCCGGGGGAUUCCCUCUACACCACACUCAAGGAGGAGCCGGAGGACCUCGCUCAACUGGCUCCGACACCUGGAGACACCAUCAUCUCCCUGGAUUUCAGUCACUGUCAGUUUGACAAGCCCCAGCAGCAGGCAGCAUUCACCCCUGUGUCUGCUCCAUCCAUGCCCCCUCCAGGACCUCCAUCCUGGGCCAGCGAGAGCCACAAGCCUGCUCCAGCUGCGGCGGCCCAAGCCACGGCUGCAGCAGCGGGGGACAUGGCCAGCGCAUUCACCGUGCAGCAGAAUUCGCCUCCGGGUAGCGCCACUCCGAGCCUCAGCAGCUGCUCCACGCCCAGCAGUCCAGGUGAUUACUACAAUUCAGUGGACAGCGACCUGAAGUUGGAGCUCACUGAGAAGCUGUUCGCUCUCGACACAGAUGGAAACAACAGCUCUACAAACUCGGAGCGGGACCUGAGCGAUUUGGACUUGGAGACAUUGGCUCCUUACAUCCCCAUGGAUGGAGAAGACUUCCAGCUGAAUCCCAUCAUUCCUGAGCCUGAACCCGUAGAGGCCUCUCAAGGUGGAUCCAUUGGAAGCGCCAGCAACCUAAACACCCACCAGAGCUUCAGCAACAUCGCCAGCCUCUUCCAGCCGCUGUCCCCCACCUCUCAGCCCCAAGGCCACUACCAGCCCCAGCAGAAAGCAUCAUGGGGCUCAGGGGGGAGGACAGGCUCCGGUCAGGCAUCUGUGGACACUCGUGGAAGGUCAUACAUGCAGAAUCCUCCGUACCGGGCCCCAGCCAGCACCCCUCUGUCUUCCAUGCAGUGGCCUCCAGACCCUUUGAUAACAUACCAGCAGCAACGACCCAGCAAGGCCUACCUGAUGGACAAUAUGUCAGGAGAAGAGCGCCCAUCCUGCCAGCAGAACAUUUCACAUCUCAUGCAGAAACACAGGUCUAUUGACAAUUUUAUACAAGCUUAUAAAGAUGCGACUCCAGCCAGGGUAGCCAUGGCCAACAAUAUCAAGCGCUCCUUCGACCAGAUGGCUGUGAGUGAAAGUAAGCCGACAGAAAUCGGAUGGAAAAAGAUGAGGAAUGACGGCUGUAUGGAUCGCUCCCUCAGCACAGAAUCACUCACAGAGUCUGCAAUGAGGAGGAUGAUGCCCGGCAACCUGUCUUCAUUUUUCAGCUCUCUGCAACAACACAGGAAGUCUCAGUGUCCAGGAAAUGGGUUAAGUGGUGUAAAUGAAAAAUCCUUUUCCCAAAAGAGCUGCAGCUACACAGAGUAUAACAUGCUGCCUUCUAACAAGACAGAGGGCAUCGCUAGUCGUUUGCUGGGCCCUUCAUUUGAGCCCUCCUGUUUGCCGGAGUUGACUCGUUACGACUGCGAGGUCAACGUCCCUCUGCAGGGCAACCUGCACCUCCUCCAGGGCUGUGACCUGCUGCGAGCCCUUGACCAGGCCACCUAGAGCCUCAGAUUCAAACCUCGACAUAGACCUGGAUUUUCAGCCCUGAGCCUUGAUCUACAGCCCGUGAAGCUCAAGUCUUUUUAAUUUAACCUUUUGUGCCUCAAGGCCUUCUGCAAGCCCUGAGGCUAAGCUAUCUAUAGAGAAUGGUAUUCAUAACCACAUCCUGCCUUACUCAACCCCACACUCUGUUUCCCGUCCUUUUUGUAGUUCUCUAAACAUGCAGUAUUUUUACCCCCUCAUCUAUCGACUUAAAUCAGAUGCAGGUUGAUCAGAGUAGCAGAGAUGCCUUGCAUUGAGCCAACCACAGCAAAACCCUCACGUGAUUAAUGAGGGUCCCCCUGUGUGGAAAAAUAAGGGUUAGGGUCUAUGCAUCUCACAUCUCGACCCCACCUCCUCUCUAUCAGCUAAACCUUUUUGCUCUCAGCAGAGCAUACAGUCCUACCUACACAUUAGCAGAGACACUGUCUUUUUUUAUUUUUGUGCAUCUGACCUGCAACGAGCACACGGUCCCAUUUUCUAGCUUCAGUCAAAGCUCCAAGCCAGAGCUGGGUAUCAUGAGCUGGUUCUGAAUAGCAGCCAUUUUGUGCAAUGUGCUCUCUGCAUCUGAUUCCGAGACCCAAAGACGACUUUUUAAAUGUCUGCUGUGCAAUAUGGAGGACUGGAGCACUUUACAGAGAUAAUUAGUCCAAUAUGAAUAAUUACUUGUACUAUUUUCCUUUUUUUUAACUUCUAAGGAGGUUUUAUUUGAGUAACUUUUAGAGGCCAAUUAUUAAUUUAUUUGUAUAAAGCAUCCAUUUGACCAUCUUAAACCAAUCCCCCUUCAUCAAUUAAUUCCUAAAUAAAAAAUAAGCUUUUUCUUUUUUUUUUUUAAAGAUCUUAUCUAUACCGACAGUAAAAAACAUUUAACUUUAACAUAUCAUAGGGAAUAUUUUUAUCUUUAAUCGUAUAAAACACUUCAUUGUUUGUAGAAAGUAAACGUUAAGAUUUUUAUAUAUUUUUUUAAAAAUAUUCCUUCACUGUCUUUAGUUUUAGUUAAGAUUCUUUAUAUGUUGGGAAUCAGUGAGUGAAAUGAUACCCAGCUCUGAGUUUAUACAGCAGCAUUACAUCCGUUCAGCAACCCCUGCUUUGUAUUUCACUGUAGCAUCAUAAUCAGUCUGUAUAUGUGUUACUGACAUGAGAUGUUUAGCUUUUAUCAACCACGUUGUUUCAGUUUAAAUUGAAGGGACACUUUAGUGCUUUCUCUUCUUUCUUACUCAUCCAACCAGACACACGUUAGUAAAAACAUAUACUGCGAUACAUGUACUCUACUGUAAGUUGAAUAUUAAGUUUUGUUGUUUUUCUCCUUAAAUUUAUUUGUAUCAACAUAUCUGUGUUAGAAUAAGUAACUUGUGUGGCUACAGGGUAUUUUCUUAUUGUGCAGUUAUUUAAUUGAGCUAAAGUUUUAGCAAGGAAGCGAGCAUUUAUUUGCCAAACUAAUAGCUUGCGCAAAAAAUUCAUGUUAUGGGCUUACCCACUCAACUCAUGCAGUCAGAAGAGCAUAAAAAGCAGUGGUGUGCACGGAUUGCUGGGGGAAGAGGGCUGAUAAGGGGGCACCAGUUGUGCAUGCAAAGUUUUGAGAAGAUUUUUCCAGAGUUCAGUAGUGAAACUUUAUUAACACCAAUUUAUGUGGCAGUUCUGUAGUAAUUUAGCAGAGUGUUUGCAUCUUAUUGGACCUGAGCAAACCGGACGCUGCAGCAAAGAUGCUGAGCAUGCUAAAGCAGUACAUUAAUAUACAAAUUUAAAUCUCUAAUACCUCCCAUCUAACUUAGAAUAUUGUAAUUAUUUUCACACAAUAUGGAAAUGAGAAACAAAAAUUAGGAUCUGCCUGGAAUGUGCAUGGACUGGCUGUGAAGAAGCUGAACUUUGCUCUUUUAAGCCAACUACCCAUGCAGCCUAAUUAGAAAGACCCGAGGAAGGAUCAGAGGGUUCUUCCAGCUGUCUAGACGAGUGGUUAGAGGGUGCUGCGUGGUCUCUGCGACCCCUUCAGAGCAACAUAUUGAGACAAUGGAGGUCACCCUCAUGAUUCCCCUGUGCUCACCACUGCACAUACCAGACACAGUAAGAUAGAAAAACUUCCACAUUCAGACUCUACGUGUAAAUAGCAGCAGCCUGUGAAACCAUCUGGAUGUUUUUAGGUGUUUUCUUUAUAGGACAAGGCCAGUUUUUCUUUUUAACUCAGAGUGGCUGCCAAUACCAGAGAGCUUUGUUACAGAUUAUUAGCUGUCCUUAUACAUGUUAGAAUUGUAAGUAUGCCUUCAGUAAAAAACAAUCUCAAUAGAUUCCUCAGCUUUUCUCUACUUUUUUUCUUAAUCCCACAACUUUUUUUUUUUUUUUUUUUGAGGUAAAUGUCUGUGUGGUGACCACUUGGAGAAUGACAUAGAGCUUUGUACACAUACAUGUUAUGUAUUUAAAAGCAGAACUAAUAUUACAGAUAGUGUUGUUAGUGGUUAUGUGUCCUGGUACUUUGUCCUCACCUCACCCCCAACCCCACAUUACAUGCUGUUAUACCCUCCACAGUACUGUUUCCUCUUGUACCCUUUCUGUGUCUUUGGUGGUCCUCUGCCCCCCCUCCUAUUUUUUUGUUUUCUUUUAUCUCUAAAAUGUCUGUUUGCAUCUGUUGGCUGGCCAGUACUGUUGUUGUUUUUGCUUUAAAGAAACAGAAAAAAAACUAAAAAAGGUAAAUAUAAUUUUUCUAAGUUUCACUUUUCAGAUAUGUAGCAUUUUAAAUAUUGUAAGGAAGGUGAAGUUGCCACAUAAGCACGUAGUUUAAGUUGUGUGUGAGUGUGUAUGUAUAUAUAUAUAUAUAUAUAUAUAUAUAUAUGUAUAUAUAUAUAUAUAUAUAUAUGUAUAUAUAUAUAUAUAUACACACACACACACAUAUGUGUGUAUAAAAACCCAUAUAAAUAAAGCAAUGGUGCUUUAUAGACCGUGUAUGUAAUUUUUAGAGUUUUUAUUACGUCUUGGAUCCACUAACACUGUACUUUGAUGUUCUCUCCUUCAUGUUUUCAUUUGAAUCCAUUCAAUGUGCCUUAUCAUGACUUUACAUGCUGAACUGAAUGAGUCCACCCUUCAAGUGCACAGUUUGUUCCCUCCUGUAGAUGACAUCCUUCAACGUUGGGGGUUAUUUUCAAGGAAAAUCCAAACUAGGAAUUUUAUCAAGGAUGACUUGUAAUUAAAAAAAAAAAUCCUUUUUUGUUUGUAGCUUUAAAUUGAGUUUGUUCAUUUAAAGAAAAACUUGAUAGGUGAAAAAACUUCAUGAUUAUAAUUAUUUAGUUGGAAAACAUUCAGAAGAGGAGCUGAAGUUGAAUGGUUUUGAUGAUUUUUGACAGUAACCCCUCAGGUCCUAGUUCAGUUCUCCUGAGAGAACUGCAACCCCGUCAGACGACGUUCGGGUGAUUAAUUCAGACUUUGUGUGAAGUUUUGAGGGAAGCGGAUUCUCCGGCUCAUCUGCAGAUGAAGCUGCUGGUUGGUUUUUAGGAUCAGCAGGAAAAGAUUUAGCAGUAAAAGCUGAGCUCUUUCUGACAGCUGGAAGAUGAAUGUAGUGAUAUGGAUCAAAACUUUAUAACGGACAUGGCCCAUGAGCUAGUCAUGUGCACUUUACAAGCUGUUAGGUCAUAGAAGCUGAAAUGAUCAGCUGGUCUCUUCUUUAAAAGGAAACAAUCAUGAUGUGAACUCUUUAUUCAGGCUCAUUACGGAGCAAAAAAGUUCUGUUAAAUUGGGGAAAACUAAACUAAGACAGUUUUUACUGAACACUUUGUACUGUAAGCUCUAUUAAUCAGACUUAAAUCAGUGUGAUUACAGAAGUUGACGUAGUUUAUCACUUUGCCAACUUAACUGAGUGUAGUUGACUAAAUGUGUAAUUUUAUUUAACCCAUCGAGUUAGGAAAAGUGAUUCAAUCUUUAAAUAUUUCAGUCAUGAGGAAUGACUUUAAUUAAAUUGAAGAUGAGAUUACAACAAUAAUGUCACAUCUCCCAACUAAAUAUUACUAAAGUUUGCUGCUUUAAAAUGUUAAGCUUUCUCUCUUUUUUCCCCUAAACGGUAGAUGAUACAGUUUAAAAUUAAAACUAGUAUAUAGCUUCAGUAUAAAUGACCUUGAAUAAUGUAGGCGAGAUACCAAAUAUAAUCCCUCUGCCCGCUGUAUUUAACAAAAAAUCCCAGAUGUAAUGGAAACGUUAGAAGUGAUGAGUUGAGCGACGUGUGAAGAGACUUCCUGCUCAGCCGGUCCACUGAUGCACUACUCUCCACUUUAUCUGCUCAGCAUCACUCCCGUUUCCUUCUCGCUCCACUUUCCUUCGCUUCCUUUAGACCGAUUUUUUUUUAUUUUUAUUUUUUAAUCAUGGGUCAAAUUAGAGGCUCCUCAAAUUUCAAAUAACAGUUUAAGGAAGCUAUUCCUGUUUAUAGAAUGAUGUACAGUAUUUUAAGACUUUAGGAUUAUAGAAAUAAAGGUUUCCAGAAAAGCACCUUAUUUUUCUAAGCAUGUUUUAAAAUUUCGACGAAAAUAAUUAAAAGUGCAAUAUUGUCCAAUUCCUUUGUUUAUUUUUACUUUUUAGAGACCAAAGAUGGACUACAAACGAGCAGGAAACAAGCACAGUGGAAAAAAGAAUAGAACCUAAGAUUGAUUAUAGUAGCGACUCUUCCGAUGAGAAAUGAGUUGCAUUAACGUAAGUGGACAGUUGACAAAACGCAAGUCGAUUUAGAAAUAAAUCUAGAGACAGAAGCCCCGCUUCCUUUUUAACGUAGCUUCUGUUCCUUUAGCUUUGGUAAGAAAAGUUUUGAACCAUUUAAUAAAUAAAUAAAUACGCAACCAUUUUUAAUCUAAGUUAGGCCCACCUGUAGAAGCUUUAACACACCUUUCUAAUAUUCAAACACCAAACAAGACAAUCUUAUGUGUAAGAAAAGCUAACGCUACAGUGAAAGAGAUGCUAACCCAAAAGUGGGCGGGGCUUCAGUGCUCUAGUUUAGCGCGUAGAAGGCUCAUCACCUGUGUUCAACAUACUGUGCUGCUUGAAGGGUUUUCACAAAAAGCUAACGUGACAAGUCAUUCAGGAGUAAAUCCACUCGCCACGCUUCCUCUUUCCAGACAAUAUCAGCAUUUUAUCUUUUCCUUGUGUCACAGCAGGGUUUGUGUUAUUCCUUAUGGGAUCCAUGUUUUACUACUUGCUUUCUGUUGUCGUCAUUGUCAUACCGAACAGUUAUAUUAGCUAAUUCAGAUUUUUUUUUUAAUAUGCUAAAAUUUAUAUUGAUUUUAUUAUAUUAUCAUUGUUAUUACUAUAUGGGGACUUUAACCCGAUAAGAAGUUGUGUUUCUGCACUGAUAUCUUAUUAAAGCAUACUGAUCUAACCUCUC